AUGAUUUCAUUAGGCGGAACAAUUGGUACUGGCUUAUUCUUAGCAUCAGGUUCUUCUAUUGCAAAUGCUGGUCCAGGUGGGGCUUUAAUUGCUUAUGCACUCAUCGGUAUCAUGGUCUUUUUUAUGAUGGAAUGUUUGGGUGAAAUGGCAACUUAUUUACCAAUAUCUGGUAGUUUUAACAAUUAUGCGGGUAGAUUUAUUGAUCCUGCACUUGGAUUUGCUCUUGGUUGGAAUUAUUGGUACAACUGGGCUGUCACUGUAGCUGUUGAAUUGACGGCUGGUUCCAUGGUAAUGGCAUUUUGGUUACCUAAUUUUCCGAGUUAUGUUUGGUCUAUUAUCUUUUUGAUUUUAAUUUUAUCUCUAAAUUUAUUUUCUGUUAAAGGAUAUGGUAACGCGGAAUAUUGGUUCGCUUUAAUUAAAGUAUUGGUAGUGAUUGUGUUUAUUAUUCUCGGCAUUCUUGUUGAUGUAGGCGUAUGUGGUGGUCAUUAUUAUGGUACAGAAACUUUUAAAUACGGUGGUGUUCAAGGGCUUGGAGUGUUAAGUACAUUUUUGACGGCUGGUUUCUCCUUUCAGGGUACAGAACUUAUUGGUGUAGCAGCUGGGGAAAGUGAAAAUCCUCGGAAGAAUGUUCCUAAAGCCAUAAAGCAGGUCUUUUGGCGUAUUCUCUUAUUUUAUAUUUUGUCUAUUUUUAUCAUAGGCUUAAUCAUUCCCUAUGAUGAUCCUCUUUUAUUGAGAAGUGAUGUAUCUGAUAUUUCUGUCUCUCCUUUUACUCUAGUAUUCCAAAAAGCAGGUAUGUCUGCGGCUGCACACUUUAUGAACGCCGUUAUUUUGACAACCGUUCUUUCUGCUGGUAACUCUGGUCUUUAUGCUUCUAGUCGUACACUUUAUGAUCUUGCUCUUGAACAUAAAGCUCCUCAAUUCUUUACAAAAGUCACGAAGAAUGGUAUUCCUAUUUACUGUGUUCUCUUGACUGCCCUUAUUGGUAUGUUGGCUUUCUUAACCUCUCUCUUUGGAAAUGGUGUUGUUUAUAAUUGGCUGCUAUCUAUCUCAGGUAUUGCAGGUUUUAUUGCCUGGCUUGGUAUCGCUGCUUCCCAUUGGCGUUUCCGUCGAGCAUUUAUUGCUCAAGGUAAGAAUGUGGAUGAAUUACCUUUUAAGGCUCGUCUCUUUCCUAUUGGCCCUCUUUUUGCAUUUGGAAUCUGUUUAUUUGUUGUAGUCGGCCAGGGUUAUGACAAGUGGAUGGCUGAUCCUCCUGUUCCAGCUGAUAUUAUUGCUUGUUAUAUUGGCUUACCAGUUGUCAUUAUUUUAUUUGUUGGUUACAAAUUUAUCAAAAAGACAAAACUUAUCCCCUUAUCAGAAGUAGACUUGGAUUCAGGACGUGAAGAAAUUAUAGCUCAUACAAUUGAAAUGGAAGAUCGUAAGCAAUAUGAUCCUUUGGAAGGAGUUAGUAUCUUCAAGCCGAAUACUUGGAAACGUAUCCCCCAUAAUUUGAAAUCAUGGAGAGACGCAGUAAACAAUUAA